AUGCGCAGUCUCGCCGGCUCGCGUGCCCUCGACCGUCCCUUGAUCCGCACCAUGGCCUCCGCCAGACGUCAGGCCGCCGAGACAAUCCCAUCCACUCCGAUCCGAGUCCUCCGCACCGUAGACGCCGUGCGGAAAUGGAGGAAGCCCCAAUAUCUCGACCAUCGGAUCGUGGGGCUGGUGCCGACCAUGGGCGCAUUGCACGAAGGCCAUCUCUCGUUGAUCCGUGCCGCGGCCCGCGAGACCCACCACGUCGUCGUCAGUAUAUACGUCAACCCGGCACAGUUUGGCAUCAAAGAGGAUCUGGCUUCGUAUCCGGUGACGUGGGAGACCGACUGCAAGAUCUUGAGAGAGCUGGAUCGGGAACUGGCAGACGACGGUGGGAACCUCGGCCGCAUCAGUGCCGUGUUUGCGCCGACCACGAGCGAGAUGUAUCCGUCCGGAUUCCCGGGGCAAGAGGUGGACUCAAAGGGCAGCUUCGUCGUCAUGACGCCCAUCAGCGACGUGCUGGAGGGCGGUACGCGACCGACCUUCUUUCGAGGUGUGGCAACCAUUUGCAUGAAACUGUUCAACAUUGUACAGCCUGAGAAGGUGUACUUCGGACAGAAGGACGUACAGCAAACAGUUCUAAUACGCAAGAUGGUCAAGGACUUCAUGCUACCCACGGAAGUCAUUGUUGGCCCGACAAGCAGAGAGCCGGAUGGUCUUGCUCUAAGCUCCCGGAAUGUAUAUCUUGGUGAGAGACGGCGGAAAGUUGCCCCGGUGUUGAAUCGGGCACUUCAAGCUGCAGAGGCGCAAUACUUGAAUGGUGCUGUGGAUCGCGAAUCCAUUUUGAAAGCAGCCAACGCUGUGGCCGUCGAUACCCUGAACGAGCAGAUGACCCUGGCCCCUGAAGAGGGGGUGAAGUACGAAAUCGACUACAUCUCACUGGCCGACCCGUCAACGAUGGAAGAGCUGACUGAGGUCGACCCAAAGAAUGGUGGGAUAAUGAGUGGCGCGGUGAAGAUGCUGCCAGUUGAAUCGCCGCAACCAGGAGAAGACCUCGGUCAUAGUGGAGGCCCGUCGGUACGGCUCAUCGACAACAUUGUGCUGCAACCAUCAACUUGA